UUGUCUAGGUGAUAUAAAACCCUGGAAUGCACUACAUCUAGCCCUUAAACGAAUGGUGACAGUUGACGUCGAAGGAUCGUCGUGAUUUAGUUUUAUUGCAGAAAAUGUGCUGAGUUAUUUCGAAUGAAAAUGCAGUACCCAGUGAUGUUGAUAGUAAUUCUAUUGGUUCUGGGUGGGAAAGUUGUAGUAUCGAUUGAAGUGUAUGAAAAUAUCAAUGAAAAUGGAACGGAUUCUGAAGCGCCGUUGAAAAGUACGCUGCCCAACAGCGUGGUUUCGAAUGGAUCCCAGUUGGCGAUCAAUGAACCCGGUAAAGGCGUUUCUGUGACAACAAGUGCCGUUGAUUACACCAGAAACGACAGUGGCAGCGGUAACCAACAGCAACCAGCCGUCGAUAAUCAUCGCCAUCAGCAGAAGCAACAGCAUCAUAAGCACAGUCCCAGUUAUCGAGAUACGCCAUUACCGAUUACGCCAGCGACGACGGUUGUCAGCGUCACGACGAGCACGAGCAAGGGGUCUCCUUCAGUGGUGCUAUCAUCGGCAGCAUCUCCGACCGCGUCUUCCGGAUCGGCUUUUAAAGAAGACAGCGUGCUGAAGGACAUUGUUGGGGCUAAUUUGGUUCAACAACAGAUUUCGGGAUACAAGAAACGGCAACUUUAUGCGAACGCAUUCCAAGUGGCAAAGAACGGAACAAAUGAAAGAAGCUACGAAAAACAACGAAAUCGCCAGUUGUCCAAAGAAUUCAUACCAUCUCCGGAGCUGACUCACUUUUCCCCGAACGCCGAAGAUCAUCGACCGUUUCAGCCUGGACCUGCUGUUGACGCAACCUAUCCGGCCAGUCCAGUAGACAACGAUUCCAAAUGGUUCGGGGCAAAUCACAUAAGCAUCCCAGAGUCUUACCACGAACACGUACCCCCCAAAUAUGAGCAUCAUAAAAGUGGCAAAUAUCUCUGGCUACCCAACGGUCCAUCGAACCACAAUAUUCCCAGUUCGGACAGUCCUUUCAGCAGAACCAAGUCACGUUUGCCCUCGCCUCCGAAGGGCAAAUGGAAAUGGGUUCCAGAAGAUGAAGACGCUUCAGACGUGCCACAGCAGACAGAAAAGCCCAUGGAAAGUGCCAAAGCCCCUGACCUUGAGAGUAAGAUCAUCAGCGGUGGUCAUUACUUCCUAGGGCACUUGCCUCCGCGUGACCAUCCCUAUUCCUUCGAUGCCGGUCAAACGCCGUUUAGCGCCGAUGGGGUAGGAAGUGGUGGUGGUGCCGUUUCAACCGCCAGCAGCAGCAGCACUACGAUCGAUCCACUAAUGUACUUCUUCGGGCCAUCGACCACCGCUGUCGUAGACACGGGCAAGCAGAAAACCGGUGCCAAGGGAGACUCGGACGCACUGAAGGGUGUCUCGCCGUGGAAAAAGAUUAUUCACGUACUGUCGGCAGCGAUCCCGAUCGGACUCAUUAUCUCCGCUUUGACCCCGCAGGUUGUCUACAUCAAUCCCAACAUGACACAAAACCCUAUCCAGAUGCAAACGCCUACUCCGAUCGGUGCCACCGGCGGAGCCAGCAGCAGUUUCACCAACCCCAGCCGGCAGCGGUCCGAAGAUCAAAUAAGCCUUAUCGGCACAUCACUGGCCAAUCCCCUGAUUGGAUUCCUGAACGCCCUGUCCGCAAGCCCAAAGGGUGACCUAAGCCGGUGGCCAAAUUUCGGUGCCCUUUUCGGUGCGGCCAGCUCGGGCAACAACAGCAGUGCCUGCGAAGAGAAAUCGUUUUGCGAGAUGGCCCGCCAGGGAAUCAAUCACGACGCUGACAUACUAUUCAAAAUGUUGUGGAAAAUUGCCAACGAGACACCUGCCGAUCAGGCCCGUCAGAGUGGGCUGGAGGAAAUUUUCCGCGCCGUCAAAGACGAUGACUGCUCGAGAUUCCACUGUGAAAGCACUUAAUCUGUUACCCAUCCAAGCAAGCAUACCAUCGUCGUCGUCGUCGUCGUUGGUUGCUAUGGUUAUUGCAGCAAGCAGCCCGUGUUGUUUCUCGUUUUCUACUUGUUGCUCUUUUCGUUGUGGAUGUAAUCAUAGUAAUUGCCUCGUUGUUGCGGCUAAAAGGUAUCUUGGAUCGUUCACCACAAACAAUAAGUCACUUUGGUAACGACGGCGAUGGCGGCGGCAAAAUUAAGCUUUUAUUUUCUUCCGAUUUCUAUAAUUACGCUUCGAGGACCAAUUCAGAGUGACACUUAACCACAUGCCUGAAGGGGGUGCAGCAGAUGAAUUGUGUAGUGUGUGCUUAGCUACCUUAGAGAGAUAACAAUCAAUUGAAUUAAGGAAAUUUCGCUGUUGGCUGGGCAACGCAUGCGUAUGCCUUGAGAAGUAGUGAGAGUUGCGUAAUUUUGAGGGUUCUCCGGAUUGAUGUUAUGUAAGUUUUCGUUUUUCUAAGGCCGUUUAAUAAAG